AACAAAACUCAAGCAUCAAAUCCACUGACGGAAAAGACUAUUUGGCUACACCCCAUUUCAUUCAGUUCAAUUUUAAAGCCAUGGGGCAUGAGCUUAAAUUGGUGACUCUGUUUGUCUUCCUCUCUUUGCUGCUCUCUGUUCCUUCUGCAGAGGCAGCAAUCCGGUAUCACAGGUGGGAGGUAAAGUAUGAGUACAAGUCUCCGGAUUGUUACCAGAAGCUAGCAAUCACCAUCAAUGGGCAGACACCGGGACCGACGAUUAAGGCCCAGCAAGGCGACAAGAUUGUCGUGGAGCUCAAGAACAGCUUGGCGACUGAGAAUGUCGCCAUUCAUUGGCAUGGGAUUCAUCAGAGAGGAACACCUUGGUUUGAUGGAGUAGCAGGGGUGACUCAAUGUCCAAUUGUGCCAGGAGACACCUUUGUUUACAAAUUUGUGGUAGACAGGCCUGGAACAUAUUUGUACCACGCACAUUACGGCCUGCAAAGAGCUAACGGGUUGAAUGGAAUGAUCCAAGUAUCGCUUCCGCCGGGAGUUUCGGAGCCCUAUACCUACGAUGAUGAGAAAAGCAUCAUUUUAACGGAUUGGUACCACAAAAGCACUUUCGAACAAGCCACUGGACUCUUGUCCAUACCCUUUGGUUGGGUCGGAGAGCCUCAGUCGCUUUUGAUACAAGGAAAAGGGAGCUUCAAUUGCUCAACUCCAGGCAUAGAAGCCGGUCUUUGCAAUGCCACAAAUCCCGAAUGCUCUCCCUAUGUUAUGACCGUGGUUCCAGGGAAGACGUAUAAGUUGAGGAUUGGUAGCUUGACAUCGCUGGAGGCCCUUAGUUUUGAAAUCGAGGGUCAUAAUAUGACUGUUGUGGAAGCAGAUGGAUCUAAUGUGGAGCCAUUUGUAGUCAAGAACUUGUUUAUUUACUCCGGUGAAACAUAUUCCGUCCUGAUAAAAGCAGAUCAGGCCCCUACGAGAAACUACUGGAUAGUUUCAAAAGUAGUCGCUCGAAAUAGCACAACUCCCAAUGGCUUAGCCAUUUUCAAUUACCACCCAAACAAUCCCGCCACAACAUCCCCUCCCACGGUUCCACCGGUAGGCCCGGCUUGGAAUGACGUGGAGCCACGAUUAGCCCAGUGUCAAGCGAUCAAGGCCCGACAGGGUUACAUCACCCCUCCUCCCCGGAAGUCGGACCGCGUCAUAGUCUUGCUAAAUACUCAAAACACGAUCAAUGGUUACAUCCGGUGGUCUGUCAAUAAUGUCUCCUUCAACCUUCCCAAUACCCCUUACCUGAUCGCGGUCAAGGAGAAACUGCACCAUGUUUUCAACCAAUCCCCUCCUCCAAACGGCUACGAUCAUCGACACUACGACAUCUUCAAUCCCCCGACGAAUCCCAAUGCCACUACUAGCACCUCGAUCUACAAGUUGGAAUUCGAUUCAACAGUUGAUAUUGUCAUUCAAAAUGCCAAUGCUUUGUCAGCCAAUGACAGCGAGACGCACCCUUGGCAUCUGCAUGGGCAUGAUUUCUGGGUCAUGGGCUACGGGAAAGGCAAGUUUGACAUUCACAAGGACCCCAAGAAGUAUAAUUUGGUUGAUCCGAUACUGAAGAACACAGUGUCGGUUCAACCUUACGGGUGGACUGCUCUGAGGUUUCGGGCCAAUAACCCGGGAGUUUGGUACUUUCAUUGCCACAUUGAGUAUCACUUGUUUUUGGGUAUGGGUGUGGUUUUUGAAGAAGGGGUUGAGAAGCUUGGCAAGUUGCCACCAUCUAUUUUUGGCUGUGGUGAUGCCAAAGUCUCCCCAUAGGUCAUGAUCACGUUGUUAAUUGGUUUUGGGCCAGAAUGUCUUCAAAUUCUAGACAAGCAAAGAAUAUUUGCUUGUCAAAAAAUGUAUGCAUGACAUCACUUUGUGGUGGGAUCUACACCAUUUCAAUCACUAAGGGGAGGGUAACAUUCACCCUCUUUUUAGGAGGGUGAACACAAAAUUGCACUCGUAUCAAGCAAAUAGGAAUAGGGUAGUGAUUUUCGCACUCUUUUUUUAUUAGUGCACUCUAUUUUUUGUCAUUCAGUGAAAUUUAAUUUUAUGUGUAAUUUUUUUUCAUUAAAAGACAAAAA